UCGCGAACUGCCUCCUUUUCGCGUCCUGCACGGCACACUUCGUGCUUGAAUUCAACCAUUUCUACCUCACGCUGAAAACGACUGGCGUCGAGGAUUUUGCGGACGAGACGAUGCCUCUACUAGGCGCAGACAUACUCAUUUCAUUCUGUGACCUCCUUGGCGACCUCAUCCUCCUGUACCGCUGCUGGGUCAUCUGGGGCAAGAACUAUUGGAUCAUCAUCGCGCCACUAGUCACAGCGGGAGCCGGCUUCGCGUGCAUCAUGGGCGUCGCGCACCUUGUAGUGACCAUGGACCCGACCGCGCCUGUUCCCUCACCCGCGCUCGUGCCUCUUGGGCUCGCGGGCUACGCGCUCCCCCUCGCGACCAACUUCAUGGCCACCGCGCUCAUCGCCGGCAAGCUCUACAUGAGCGCGCGCCGCGCGGAGAAGCGCGUCGGCACGGUCAUGAGCGGGACGAUGCGCGCCGCCCAACGCGCGGUCGAGAUCAUCGUCGAGAGCGGGCUGCUCUACCUCGUCACGCAGGCGGUCUUCGUCGUCCUCUUCGCCCUAGGGCACCCUGCGCAGGCGAUCCUGGCCGUCAUCGCAGUGCAGAUCUACGGCAUCGCGCCGACCCUGAUCGUCAUCCGCGUCGCGCUCGGCAUCUCGAGCGACUGCACCGUGCCCUUCAACAACCCCUCCCUCACCCAGCUCGCGGCCGACUCGGAGUACGGCCAGUACGGCCAGCCGGCUCGUCCCACGUUCAUUCCUGCUAUGCGCACGAUGGACACGGGCUCCUCGGACGACACGGGGCCCAGGCUGGACACCCCGCAGGACGGCGAUCUCAUGGAGCUCAAGUCGUUUGACCUCGACUUCGACGGCAUGGCGAUCGCGGUCUGAGGGAUGCUCAUAACGAGGCUCAGCUUGUUCAUUUCGCU